AAACAUCUUCACAUUCACGUUAUUUUCGACCAAGUAGCAAUUGUUGAUGUAACUCUUUGCAAAAUGAGACACCAAAAAUUGAUAAUUUUAAUUUUUUUAUCGUUUUCAUCCCAUCGUUUCCCCAAAGUUUCAACCUCAGAAGAGAUAAGUUGUGAAUUGUUUACCGAUCAUAAUUUCGAGGGAGAACCAGUCCUAGCUUUAAGAGAUUCAGAUAUAAUUAACGACGUUGAUUUGGUGAUCGCUGACGCCAACAAUAAUGGAAGUUCUCAUAAACCCAUAAAAUCGAUUCGAUUACAAGCUUCCAAAUUAUUGACAUGUACUCAACCCAAACUGAAAGGAAAGUGUUCUGAGCACUCAGAAAAUGUACCAAAAUUUGGACAGGAAUUUAAAUCUGCGGCCUGCAAAGGGUCCGGAAUGACGAAUAGGGUGGCACGAAAAUUAGAAUAUUCUACAGCAUGUGGUGCUCUUCAUGAAAAAUGGUAUUACUCUGGCCAAUCGCAAAAUCUACUGUUUUCCGGAAGUGCGUCUAAACUGGGGUUUGAUACGGUAGAAUCUGCCCUGGUAAAAAGUGGUUGUAAGGUUACGCUCUGGAGGCAGCAUGGCGACAAAAUGUCAUCACUCACAUUUGAGGAUAGCAUUACUUUCAUACGCAAUUAUGCGAAUAAGGAAAUGGCCGAGGAGACGCCAGAGACGUACGAGUGGUCGUGCUGCUACUGCGACACUGAUUCCGAGAAGGUUUGCGAAAAUGCGAAAAAUAUAACUUUACUUCAACAAGCAGAAGAGGUGGAUGAUAAAGAUUUCUCACAAUUUGUGGAAAAAGGCAAAAAGAUAAUUGGAAUUGGGAGGAAUUACAGAUGGAAAGUUUCAGAGUUAGCCAAGGUUCUCAAAGUUCCUGAAAAACCAAUCGUUUUCAUGAAACCAACCACCUCAUAUAUCGUUGAAGGAGAAUCGAUCAAGCUCCCCAAGUCUCUUGGAACAAUAUUUUACGAAAUAGAGUUGGGUGUAGUUAUUGGGAAACGAGGCAAAUUGAUCCCAAAUUCAUUGGCUUUGGAUCAUGUCGCUGGCUACUUUUUAGCACUUGACAUGACUGCCAAGGAAUUUCUUAAAAAGUCGCUAAACCAUAGCUUGCCAUGGGAAAUAGGAAAGGGUUUCGACACUGCAUGCCCAGUGUCCGAAUUUAUCCCCAAACAUCUCAUCCCAGACCCAGACAAUGUGGACAUAUCUGCUCUCAUCAAUGGAAAAUUGACACAAUCGGAUAACACGAGAAACAUGAUCUUCAACGUGUCCUCCCUCAUCAGCUACGUUUCAAAGUAUAUAACCCUUGAGCCUUAUGACACCCUGUUAACGGGAACUCCGGACGGACUUGGACCGAUUCAAGGGGGCGAUGUGAUUGAGGGAAUGCUCGGAAAUCUGACCAGAAUUCGAUUUGAUGUCGUCAACUUUAAUGAUGACUAGUUAAUUUUACAUAUAUAAUUAUCUUUUAGAGCAAUUUGUCAACUUUUUAAAGGAAUAAAUGCAAUUUGAAAAGUUUAAGCUUCAAUUUAA